UUGUGAAAAGUUCUGAGACUGAGCAGGAGGAAGUGGGGACGGACUAGUUGAGCUGCACCGGAGGCCGAGGGGCGAGGGGGUCUCAAGUGACCCCUGGGAAACUCCGGUGUCCGGGAAGGAGCCGAGCGCCUACAUGAAAGAAGGGACCUGGUCGGAAGUUCGCCCCUACCUGAGCUGGGAGCUCCAGCUGCGGGAUCCGCUGUACUUCCCCCGCGUGCUGGCUCCUGUGGCCGAGUCUACGCACGACCCGCGAGGAUCCGGAUGGCCGUGAGGUGGACUUGGGCAGGCAAGAGCUGCCUGCUGCUCGCGCUUUUAACACUGGCGUAUAUCUUGGUGGAGCUCUCAGUCUCCACUUUGUAUGCCUCUCCAGGAGCCGGCCAUGCCAGGGAGCUGGGGCCAAGGCGCCUCUCAGACCUUGAGACCAGGGAAGAGGAUUUGUCUCAGCCUCUUUAUAUAAAGCCCCCUGCAAAUUCCCGUGCUCUUGGGGAAUGGGGGAGAGCAAGCAAACUCCAGCUCAACGAGGGCGAACUAAAGCAGCAAGAAGAACUCAUUGAGAGAUAUGCUAUCAACAUUUACCUCAGUGACAGGAUCUCUCUGCACCGCCACAUAGAGGAUAAAAGAAUGCCUGAGUGUAAAGCCAAGAAAUUCCAGUACAGGUCGCUUCCCACCACCUCCGUCAUCAUCGCCUUCUAUAACGAGGCCUGGUCCACUCUGCUUCGAACCAUUCACAGCGUUUUAGAGACUUCUCCUGCGGUGCUUUUGAAGGAGAUCAUCUUGGUCGAUGACUUAAGUGACAGAGUUUAUUUGAAGGCUCAGCUUGAAGCUUAUAUCAGCAAUCUCGAUAGAGUUCGCUUAAUUAGAACCAAUAAGAGAGAGGGCCUAGUCCGGGCCCGCCUGAUUGGGGCCACUUUUGCCACCGGGGAUGUCCUCACUUUCCUGGAUUGUCACUGUGAGUGUAACUCUGGUUGGUUGGAACCACUUUUGGAAAGGAUUAGUAGUGAUGAAACAGCAAUUGUAUGUCCUGUUAUCGAUACUAUUGAUUGGAAUACUUUUGAAUUCUACAUGCAGACUGGGGAGCCCAUGAUUGGUGGGUUUGACUGGCGUUUAACAUUCCAGUGGCAUUCUGUCCCCAAACAUGAAAGGGACCGGCGGACAUCAAGAAUCGACCCCAUCAGGUCACCCACCAUGGCAGGAGGACUGUUUGCUGUCAGCAAGAAGUAUUUUCAGUACCUGGGAACUUAUGACACUGGGAUGGAAGUUUGGGGAGGCGAAAAUCUUGAGCUGUCUUUCCGGGUUUGGCAGUGUGGUGGCAAACUGGAGAUCCACCCAUGUUCCCACGUGGGCCACGUGUUUCCCAAGCGGGCGCCAUAUGCUCGCCCCAAUUUCCUACAGAAUACCGCUAGGGCAGCUGAAGUAUGGAUGGAUGAAUACAAAGAGCAUUUCUAUAACCGAAACCCGCCGGCGAGGAAAGAGGCCUAUGGUGAUAUUUCUGAAAGGAGGCUGCUGAGGGAACGGCUGAAAUGUAAGAGCUUCGAUUGGUAUUUGAAAAACGUGUUUUCCAACUUACAUGUCCCGGAGGAUAGACCUGGCUGGCAUGGAGCUGUCCGUAGUAUAGGCAUCUCUAAUGAGUGUUUAGAUUAUAACGCUCCUGACAACAACCCCACAGGUGCUAACCUCUCUUUGUUUGGAUGUCACGGUCAAGGAGGCAAUCAAUUCUUUGAAUACACUUCAAAAAAAGAAAUCAGAUUUAAUUCUGUGACUGAAUUAUGUGCAGAGGUCCCCGAACAUAAGGAUUACGUGGGGAUGCAGAACUGUCCCAAAGAUGGGCUCCCUGUUCCAGUGAACAUCAUUUGGCAUUUCAGAGAAGACGGGACUGUUUUUCACCCUCACACAGGACUGUGUCUCAGCGCUUACCGAACAUCUGAAGGCCGACCUAGUGUUCAGAUGAAAACAUGUGACGCCCUUGAUAAAAAUCAGAUCUGGAGGUUUGAGAAAUAGAAGAGCAGCUUCUUUUUGGGAGCUGACUGCAGCUUCUGGGAAGUCCAAGUGCCUUGGUGAUGAUUGUACUUUAUCAGAAGUCACCCCGCAGCUGUCUGUAAGAACUCUGGAAAGCCAUGGUUCAUUUGGGGAUAUCUGAAACUGGGUACACAGAGCACUACUCAGUAUUUCAAAGUGCCUUCUUUCCUCCUGGGUUGUUUUAUUUAAAAGCUUUGUCUAUGGUUUCCUACUUUAAAGAAAGGUGCUGUGAACUGAGAUGCACCAAACACUUAAAUGUGGGCUGUGAGUUAUCUCAGCAGUAGACUGUGCCCAGCAUGUGCAAGAGCCUAAAUCUGAUCCACAGCACCGCAAAACAUUUAAGUGUAAGACUAAUGUUAAAGAAUGUAAAAGUCCAAGCAAAAUGGGAUAUGAUUCAUGCUGAUAGGGAAAUUCGUUGCAUGUCCUUUUUUUUUUUUUUCUUAAAUCAAAAUGUGUGAAUGUAUAAUUAGAGCUAUUACUAUUUUGAUCACAUAGUAUUUGAAUUUCCUUUAGCCCAGCACAUUAAAUUUGAGGUUUUUUAAAAACUAAUUUUUCUUUGAGGAAAUAAACGUUGAAGAAAUGUGAUCUGGAGAAAAAGGCCUGAUGUUGAUAUAUGUUUCAUUGGAAGAGGGUAUUGAUCUGAAUGCAAGUUUGGAGAUCUUUUUUUUUUUUUUUUUUUUUUUUUGAGAGAGAUCUUAGGCAUCCCAGGCUAGCCUUGAGCUCUUGAGUUUUGCUUCCAUCUCCCAAAUACAGGGAUUACAGAUGUGUGCCACCACAGGUGGUGGGGGGUCUUUUUUGACAGACAGGUAUAUCAGAAAACUAGACUCAGGUUAAAAGGAGAUUGUGAGACAUUCACAUCCUGUUCUUUGUAACCGUGAGCUGUUGGGCUGAACUGACCUGUAUAGCAAUACAUCACAUCACUGGCUCUGUGAACUUAUUUGUGAAUAUAGGGCAUUUUCUGGUUGCACUUCCUUAAGUUGUGAAUGUACUAGAAUGGGACUCAUUCAGAAUACUGAGCCUCCCUUUGUUAAUACUUUUAAAGUAAACACAAUUGAGACCUCUCUGAAGCUUGACCCCAAAUGUGUUUACUGAAAUGUGUGAAACUGAAAGUGGGCCCAGUCCUGCAAAGAUUGUUCCACUCCCCCAAGAGUUCUUCCUAACCAGGAAAUUUGGAGGAUUUAUUUCUAGAUUGCAAGGGGGAAAACAGGCCUCUUGGUAAUUGUUGAUGGCUGCCUUUAAGCUCAUGGUCAGCACCUGGCAGCUGGCACUCUCAGCAACCCUUACUGUGAGUGAACAAAGGACUCACUGGGAGGAGGACCUAGGUUUAGUUUGUCUUUCUUGGGCCUCAGUUUUCCAUUCUGAAUUGCUAGAUUGCUUUUUGAGGAUCUAUGUCCAUCUACAGUCCAAUCAUAUAUCCCUCCUGUCCCCCGUUCACCCACCAUGCGAUUUCUAGGAACACUUUUGUGUCUUUUAACAUAAUGGGCAGUGUUCAGUUUUGAAGAUGGAAAAGCGAUUUUCACACUUAUGUGAACUAAGCUCCCCUGAAGUGGUGUGUUUCUCAGUGGAUGGUAUUGUAGUUAUGGUUAUUUUAUUUUGACAAUUGUUGAACUGAUCUUGUUUUUAAAAAUUGUAAACUUUCAAAGCAAUUCUUUGACUAAAAAUAUAAGUAUUUUCCAAACUAAAUUAUUUCAGAAGUAAGCAUGUUUUAAGACAUUUUUACUGGUUCCUUACUAACAUUUUUCCAGAAAUCACAGGCCAAAAAUUGGGAGUGAGUCUCAGAUUUUUGACAAAAACACAUGCUCCAUAGAGAAGGAGCCCACAGGAAUUCAAAAAAAGAUUGUUUCAGUCUUCACUUAAGAGCUUGGAUGGAGAGAGGGAUUAUAAACUCUGAAUUUAAGUAAAUUGUUUAGGAUGACCAUUUCAAAACAUUAAAGUUUGUGUAUACUUGUGACUUUUUUUUUUCCUCACAGACUCUUAGAAUGAAAAUCUGUUCCUGCUUCUCCAUAAGUUAUUCAGCAACCUUAAAGUUUAUCAAAGGCUUGUCUAGAUAAACUUGGGCAAUGCCUGACCCUGGAUUUUAUUUAAGGAGAAUAUAUAAAAAUGCUCAUUAAGAAGGAAAUUUUCCUAAGUGCACUCUUGCCUUGUCAUGUCCUUUUAAAAACUAUUUUUAAAAACUUUUUUUUGCAAAAUUUUUCUUUUUGCCUUUUUGUUCCGAUCAGCCUCCCCUUCCCAUCACAAGAGUGCAUUAAAAUGGAUGAAAUUUGGAAGUGACUACUGAAAUUACUUUUAUAUAGUAUCUUGAGUCCCCUCUCAAAACAGAGAAGAGUUUUUUAGGACUAACAUAUAUAUAUUAAUUCUGUGUUUACCUUUUUCUCUAUGUAUGUGGUCAUGACCCACCAGUCCUCUUUAGGCUGGUAGUUUAUUUAUAUUCAGAAGAGUAAAAUUUAGAAUACUGUAUGUAACAAAGGAAAAUAGAGUUGUGUUUUAUAUGUAGGCAUGUUCCAAUUUCAUUUGAAAAAUAUACCAUAUUCUUUCACUUAUUUCCAUUUUUCAUCACUUACCUAAUUUCUUUAUUUUGUUAUAGACAUUUGGGGGCUGACCUUGUAAGCAAAUUUAUAUGUUUAAAUGUUAGGAAAAUAUUUGAUGAGCAAGGAGAUUCCAUUUUGUUGUUUACUGACCAGUCCUGUGAAUAGAUUAUCUACAUAAGAAUCUUAGUCGUUGUUUUUAUUUUAAAGAUGAUAAUGUAGUCAUCAGAAGGAAUUCUAUAACUUUAAAUUACUUGUUUGUAAGGGAAAGUGUGUUUAUUCAGCUAGUAGUAUGUUCUUGCCUAUGCGUUGAUAUUAGCAGAUUGAAAUAUUCCAGGCAAAAGACAGAUUUCUUUUCAAGUUGUCUACUCUUAGUUAUUUCAUUGUCUCAGUUUUAAUGAAUAAAAUUUAGAUUUGACUUGUCUUUUGGAAUUGCUGCUUUAACAAUAUUUUUGAAUGAGCACAAAGCCAAGGUUCAGACUUAUAUCUUUGGAACAGUGACUGUUUCUUUUUGUUAAUGGUUUUUGUAAUCUUGAUGAAGGCGUGCAAUAAAUGUAUGCCUCAUCUUUGCAAAGGGAUUCUGAUGAUUUUCGUCUAUAGAAUUAGUGUUCACAUGUACACAUUUAGGAUGUAGUAUGAUAGUUACAUAAACUAUUUAUAUAACUAAAUAAAUUGGUUUACUUAUUUGAAAGUUCAGACAGAGUCUAAAAAAUCAGACUUCCUCCCUGACCAUGUAAGAGGCCAUUAACCAGGAAGGAGGCAGUGUCAGCACAGUUAUGCCUUAACUUUAGCAGGCAAACGGAAGUGACAAGCAUCUCUGGGACCCAUUUAGUUGAUAUACAAGGAACAGGUGGUUCCCUGGGCAUGUGGGCACUUCUCCUUUCAAGAUACUUGUCCCCUCAACCAUGCAGCCUUACUCUUCCUGUGUCCGCC